AUGACCUCCGAAAGUAAUGAUCUUCAUGGAAUGGUUCCUGAUCAUCAUGAUACUGCUGUCCUAUUGAUUGAUGUUAUCAAUCAUUUGGAUUUUGAAGGCAACGAAGAAUUAUUAAAAAUCGCGGAAAAACUUGGCAAACAGAUUGCGUCGUUGAAAGAAGCCGCACGAAAACUUGGGAUACCCAUUGUUUAUGUAAACGACAAUUUCGGUAAAUGGAAAUCAGAUUUUCGUAAUGUUAUUGAAAAUGUCAUCGAAGAAAAUAAACCAGGCAAACCUCUGGCAAAGUUGCUACUACCAACCGAAGAUGAUUAUUUUGUUCUCAAACCCAAACAUUCAGCAUUUUACUGUACACCACUCGAUAUCCUAUUGAAUCAUCUGGGUACUGAAACAUUAAUUCUCGCUGGUAUUGCUGGCAAUAUCUGUGUGUUGUUCACUGCUAACGAUGCGUAUAUGCGAAAUUACAAAAUAAUCGUUCCGAAAGAUUGCAUUGGUUCAAAUACAUCUGCAGAAAACAAUGCUGCCUUGGAACAAAUGGAAAAUAUACUUAAAGCAGAUAUUCGACCGGUCGCCGAGAUAAUCAAAGAUUUGAAACGAAGUGCACUUCGCAAGAAUUCGAACCAAGAAAAACCAGAUGAGAUCAUAAGAAAAUGA